UUUUCAUCAGACAACAAAAAAAACAGCUGAUUGUUUUUAUUAAUUUGUAAUUUGUUUUAGAAUGUCGCGUCGCAGUCAGGACAUUCCCAUUCGUCCUCGAUACGGCUACACGGACGACGCUGAAGGCGACGAAGCUGCCGCCAGCCACAACAACAAAAUGCAGCAAAGAAACAAUUGUGGAACACCCGCGUCCUACUCGGAGAUUCCCUUCCUGGCACAGUAUGCGGGUCCAGUGCCCGAUCAUGUGCUGCAGGACAUAACGCCCACAGCGAACAAGGUGCCUCCGAUGGACAACGAGAGCUACGUUAAUCUGGACUCUGGCGAGGAUGACAACGAUGAGGAGGAGGAGGAGGAGGAACAAAGCAACAGCAACUCCAAAGACAGCUCAGGAGAGCUGAGCAAACCUUCGAGUCGACCAAAGUCACUGCAAUCCACAUUUCCAUAUGAAUUGGAAGGGGAAGGCGCCACGAGCAGCACAGGUGCCAUGCAUCACUUUGUGGCCCACAAUCUGGAGUCGAAGCUGCGUGCUGCCACAGAUUACAGCAUCGCCUCGGAGCAUACAACACCGUCGACAUCGGCGGCGCCGAUCUCGAGAUUUCUGCAAUCCCGUCAUGUGCCCGAAGUGGAUGGCAAUGUGCUCAGUGACAUUGAGCUGGAGGCACAGUAUCUGGCCACCUCUGUGGACAAUCUGGUGGAGAAUCUGGGCAAUCUGUUGCAUUCCAUUUCCUCGAUAACCGCCGAUAAUGUGGAGGUGCAUAAGAAUGCGGUGAAAAAGCUCACCGAUGCCCUGGAUGCCAAUAUUAAGUGUCAGUAUCAGCUGCUGGCCAAAACCGAGGAGAUAUCCAAGUCGAUGAAACCCACCGAGCAGCUGAGUCAACGCAUACGAGAGAUUAAGCGCCUGGUGGACAUGUUGGACAGCACAAUGUAGGAGGAAGCCGGCAGCGAAGGCGGCGUCAGAGUCGGGGGCGUGGCACUCUCUGCUGCACUUCAGCUGCAACUGGACACGCCCAUAGAAUUUGGAGGCCCUCCUUGUGCUUUUCUUUAGUCGAUCAUUCCAAUUUGCUGCACUCUUCUAGUCAUAUUUUUAUGUAUAUUUAAUAUUGUUAAUCAAUCAGUUUGUAAAAUUAAAUCAAAUUAAAUUAAAAAAAUGUAUA